AUGCCUGUCGAGAAAGCAGGUCGUGGGGCUAGACAUGGGUCUAAAACACCUUACAACCAGACUCAUAAGGCUACAUCAUCGAAUCCAUAUCGCCAAAACCCGCCAAACUCUGUCACCGGAUCAGCCACCUCUGGCAGACAGGGGACGCCUCGCAGGCCCAAUGCACCGCGUCUUCGUGAUUCUAUCACACAACCAGAUCCCAGAAAGCUGCCUUCACCAUCUCUGUCGCGCUCCCGCCCUCAGAGCCGCCUUGCCUUCGAUGAACGUGAGAGUCUUUCACGCAGCAGAACACCUUCCCCAGCUCGUCAAGCAUCAAGACAUCUUACAGUGUUGGAUCAAAACAGUCCAAGGCGUCGCGCAACCUCUGAGAACAAUGAUCGCAUGGAUCUACAAGACGCUUGGAACAAGACGCAGCAGGUUUUACUUGAACGAGACGAAGAGAUCGAAAACCUCCAAGAGCAAUUGGCUUUUGCAGCGGGGCAGCAGAAAUUGAGAUCUACGACAAAGAAAUCCGGGGAAAGAAAAGAGGAGUCGAGCAUUGCCGUUCUUGCUGGCAAGCUCUUUGCGGCGGGAUAUUGCAUGUAUCCGGAUGUCAAGCUGGUCUUCCCAAGGGUUUCCGAAGGAGCCAAUACAGACGACGAAUUCAUUGACAACUACGACAUUGACAAUACCAACGAACAUGAGGUGGAGGGUGCCCCACCACUAGCUGACAACGACCUCCUUUCUGCAGCGGGUCGAGCGGCAUACACAAAGGAAGCUUGCAAUACUUUCAAGGCGGAGCAUCCUGAGUUGAUCGAAGGGUGGGGAACAACCGCAUAUCGUCGUGAUUUCAAGAAUGGUCUCAAUAAGAUCCGUCGAGACUUGCUCACCGGCAUCUCCGAACACCCAGAGAAGGUAUUUGACAUUUCAGUAACUGAUCAAGAUUGGAAUGGUAGAAACCGAGCCACUUCAAAGGAAGUCGAAUCUUUCCUCACACAGAAGGCUCUUUUUCAGGGCGAUGAAAGGGUCGACUCGCAAGAUGCGGAAGUGCGCGCAUUGACUCCUCUCUUCAGGCAUCGCUCAAUUCUCUGUUUUCUGAGACGAAUGUUUCUUGGGCCUUCUGCACUCCUAUCUGGGAAGAAGAGUACGAUGGCAAACAACUCCUUCAAGAAGAAAUGGCGACUUGAUUCUCUCUCGCUGCCAUUCAUUUCUUUCUCGGCCACUAUGCUCUUCAUCACGCUUCUCAAUGGAGAACCAAAUAAACCCAAUGCUCGGAUUCAAACAUACUAUUAUACAUCCUUGAAGGUGCUUUUUGGCAUGGAGAGCAAGCAUCAAGAUAUUGCGGCUUCCCUCAUCUCCUAUUACAACCGCGAGCUCGGUUUCACUGAACAAGAGGAGGAGGCAUCCGAUCCCAUCCCUGGAGCCGAAAAUAUCCUCAAUAUGCUUUACUGGUAA